GUUUGUGUAUUUCCGCCCGCUGGAAUCUGUUCGACGCCAUUAGUGACGCGCGGCUCGGCAACAUUUUAGGCAGUUUACUCUUUAGUUUUUGGUCAUUUGUAUAGUUAUUUUUUAGGUGAUAAAUCAUCACGAUGAGCGACAUAGAGCGAAGCGGCAGUCGCAGCGCUAGCCCCAGAAGACCGAGAACAGCAGAUGGAGGCCCCAGAGAAUCGCGUUCCAGAUCCAGAUCCCGCAAGUCAAGGGAAAGGAAGGAGAGUCAUCGUCCAAACAAGGACUACUCAAGGUCAAGGAGCAGAUCAGGUUCGCGAGGUCGUAAACCAUACCGGACCAGCAAAUACACAGGGGCUGGACAUCGAGGAAGCAGCCGCAGUCGCAGCCGCUCACCCUAUCGGGGUGGGCGCUACUCUCGCAGCAGGUCUCGUUCGUACUCGCGCUCGCGCUACUCUCGCGAGAGAGACAGGAACAUUUACCGAUCGCACUCCCGCAGCCCCAUGUCUUCGAGGCGGCGCCAUGUUGGUAACCGGGACAACCCCUGCCCUUCCCGAUGCCUCGGUGUCUUCGGCCUAUCAAUCUAUACGACUGAGCAGCAGAUCCAUCACAUCUUCUCCAAAUACGGCCCAGUUGAACGAGUGCAAGUCGUCAUUGAUGCCAAGACUGGACGAUCGAGAGGAUUUUGCUUUGUAUACUUUGAGUCAUCUGAAGAUGCUAAAGUUGCCAAGGAACAGUGUACAGGAAUGGAAAUUGAUGGUCGACGAAUACGAGUAGAUUUUUCAAUUACUCAACGAGCACAUACACCCACUCCUGGCAUUUAUAUGGGGAAGCCAACUCAUUUGCAUGAUAGAAGUUGGGAAGGAUCCAGACGGAGAGAAGGGAGUGGAUACAGAGGAAGCUAUAGGAGAUCACCCAGCCCUUAUUAUAACAGUAGUAGUCGUCGCCGCACACGCUAUGAACGGUCAAGGUCACGGUCAUAUUCCCCCCGUCGAUAUUAAGUGAUGCGAGUGUGACGCGAGAGGCCAGGUGUUGGGAGCCAUUUGUGUGACUUGAUCCUUUCACCUCCCUUACCCCUAACUAGACGGGGGCCAAUAAUGCAAACGCUACAUUCUAACAAACGUAUGACCAUUCCCACCUUGCUACAAAUGACAAUGUAUAUAUCGCUGUAUUGCGAUGUAGUAGAGCACAUUUUCGAAUAUCUGUUAGUGAGCAGUAAGGUGCGAAUGGUCCGAAAAAACCUUACUUCCAUUACUCGUCAAUGGUUUUUUUUUUUUUUAAUUUCUAUUAUGGUUUUUCCGACGUUAUGGUUGUAAGGUUUUAGUUAUUUUAUCGUAUGACUAUCAUGUAAAGGUUGGAAUACGAUUCAUUCACUUUUUGGUUCAACUUUUAUUCGUUCGGUGUUUUGACGCUUGAGGUUGUAUUCCAGCUAUUUGUCAAUGUACUACCACGCCGUACGUGUGGUAAUAAUUUGAAAUAUGUGGUAUUCUUAGCGAUUUACUACAAUAAAUAAACCUGAAAAUUCUAUAUAGAUUUCUCUAACACAUUUGUUUGUUUAUAAGGUUUUGAAUCAAGAGGUAUUGGAUGAUAGAGGGAAGUUUCAAGUUUGACUCUGAAAAAAAUGAAAGGUUUUGAAAAGAAAAAUUGAAGACAAGAUUUCUGAAGAUCUUUCUCUUGCUCGAAUGAAUUUCAAGAUCCCACGAAGGUCUUUCGCGCUUGUGACAAAGAAUAUGAUCCGAAUCCGAUUCAUUUCCGGCUGAGAAGUCUCAAGCCUAGAGGAGCUGCAAGAGCAGUAGAGCAAGCUUCAAGACAGAAUCAGAAUCAUUGGGCAUCAGGCCCCUGGCCAGGGCAUGUCGGUGAUAGUCGGGGGUGAAACAGGCUGAAAAAGUUUACGAAAAUAUUCAAGAAUCGCCGAAAUUCUCCUUUUUUUUUUUUCUUUUCCUACGGGAAAGUACAGCCAUUUCAAGUUUACACCGAUCAUAUUCUUUAUCAGUUGAGUUGAUUUGGUUAUAUGCAAGAUACCCCAUAGUAGAAGAACUCAUCGAUUGAUUACAAAUAAAUGAAUGAAUAAAUAAAUAAAACUAAAAUUAUCCGCGACUUUCCCAUCCCUCCACCAUCCCAAACCUCUAACUUCCUGUAAAACCCCUAACAACUUUGAUUUUGUCUAGAAAAUAAGUUAAAUGCUAUUCCCUAAGCUAGUCAAUAAAUAUUGACCUUUCAUAUUGUAA